AUCACUAGUCAGCCUAGGCUAGGUUCCGUGCGCAGGAGGCGGUUCGGUGCGGGUGCGAGGGCGCGAGGCUCGAAUUCUCAGAAUGCUUGUUGUUGACGCGAAGCGUUGUUGCCGCGGUCAGCGCUAUGUGAUUUCAGUCAACGCUAUGUGAAUAGGGCUACUGGCUUGUGGGCGAAACUUCGCGCGGCGGACGGUCGGCCGGUUUCCAAGCGCGAUAGGGCCAAUGGCCUGACACCUGUUGUUGCCUUCGCUCGCUACACGUACCAGUUAAGCUGGUGAGAUGUAGUGGCAUGGGGCUAUUGGCCCGUCUCCCUAGUAGGGCCAUUGGCCCGAUGGGCGAUGAGAGCCUUAGCUGCGGCCAGAGAGAACUGCUGCUGAAUAUCUGCGCUGCAUAAUAUGAGUUCUGAUUUCAACUUGAUACAGCAACUUCAAGCACCGCGAAAAUGUCCAAACGCGUGCGCGACUCCGCUGACAUUCAGUCUGAGAUCGACCACGUCACAAGACAGAUAGAUGAUGCCGACGCGCAAGUGCUUACGGCUGAGGACGCAGUGCAGACCGCAACGUCAGCUAGGGAUGAAGCUCAAGCAAAAGUUGACGAAACAGCAGAGCAGCUCAAGCGUCCAGAAAUCAGCGAGCAGGAGCGGUCGGCGCUGGUUGCGGAGCUGCAGUUGCGCAACGCUAGGUUGAUAACUGCUCAGAAGGAUCUUGAACGGCUGAGCAAGAGGGAGGAGCAGCUGCGUAAGAGGGAGGAGCAGCUGCGUAAGAGGGAGGAGCAGCUGCGUGAGGAGAAGCUACAACUGCUCAAGAAAGAGGAGCAGCUGAACGCCGUGGCGGCGGAGAGUGACUCCGCGGACCCUUCUUCCGCCCUCGCCGAGCAGCUGCUUGGUCCUGACCUACCGGCGCCUCCUGAAGUGGACGCCCUGUACAACUUCAUGACCUCGCCGCCUGCUGCUCCCAUCCCUGUCUGCGGCAAGUUGCCCAGCGCGCCCCACGAGCACUUCACGGCCGCCAAGGGCGACUUGGCAAGUGCGUUCAACCACAGUCUGUCGGGACCGCUGGCCCAGGGUGUGACUGAGAUGUUCACGGUCAUCAUAGAGAACACAGUGGUUGUGACUCUCCUGGUAGCGCUGGACGUUGCGCUGCCGGACAAAUCGUGCAUUGGGUUGGUGGUGGAGCGAGAUCAACAGGACUCGAGCUCGAUGAUGACUGUUACAUCACCAAGCGGCAGCUCGCUGCGGCCGGAUGGCGUGCUGCGGGACCAAGCCGGCGGGCGUCUUCUGGCAAAAUGGGAGGACAAGGCACCGGGCCUCUUGCAUGAGGCAGUCAAUGACCUGCACAAAAAAACCGCUAUUUGGACGCCCCUGUACUAUGGAAACAUCAAGUACCUGCCCUGCUUCGCGGCAGCUGGUGCCAAGCUCCAGUUCUACGCCAUCCUAGCCGAGGGCGGCCUAACGACCACGCCGCACCCGAUGAGCCCCACGUAUGACCUCACCAAGCCAACCGACCGCGCCCGGGCUGUCAUGGCAACUGUCAAGUUCUACCAGCUGCUGAAGGCGCAGCGUGCCUGCUACCCGCAGUACGUGCUGCCCGCGGCCCAGGAGCGGUCAGCCAAGCACCCCAUUGCUGGGUUCACUCGCUCUGUGUACUUCCGCACCGAUGAGCUGACGCUGCGCAAGCGGGUGGUCCCGUGGGAACGCUUUGCCGCCUGGUGCGGCGUCAGCCUCAGCGACAUGCAGCGCCUGUACCGGGCUACUGUUGGGCAGCAGGGCCUGGUGCACGCAGUGCGAGGACCCUCGGACGAGAAAGACAACACUUACUCGGUGGACCUGGCGCCUGUGGGGCUGCGUUCUGGCGACGCGCUGCCUCGCAAUGAGAUGGAGGCGCGGGACAUGAUCCAUGGUCUGCUUCAUGGGCUGGCGGCCCUGCAUGAGGCGGGCUUCGUGCACCGGGACCUGCGCUGGGACAACGUGGCGUGCUGUGCGCGGGAGCCUCGCCGCUGGUUCCUGAUCGACCUGGAGUGCAGCGCUGCUGCGGACGCGGAGGUGCCGACAGGCUUUCAGCUGACGGGAUGGGAGACGGGGGUCACGCUGGUGAACGGGCGCUACACGCGCAAGUCAGACAUUUACCAGCUCGGGCGACUGGUGGAGAAGGCGUGUGAGCGCCUGGAGUUGUCGGACGCGGCCAAAGAGUUCAUGAGUGCACUGCUCAUGCGCCCUACGCAGCAGCGGUCAAGCGCGGCGCAGCUGCUGUCCGAUAAGUGGAUCAGCUGCGUGGGCGCGGACUGCAGGGCUGCGGGUGCGCAACCAGGCGAGCGCUGAUGAGCGCUCAACCGCGGCCUGGUGCCGCUGUCGACGCUGACCGGGCUGACCUGCCUCUCACUGCGCGGCUGCCGCAAGCUGACCAACCAGGGCGUGGAGUCGCUGCGCGGCCUGCGGCUGCUGCAGUACCUGUCCCUGCACGGCGUGGUGCGGCUCAGCGACAAGGGGCUGCUGCCGCUGGCGGCGCUCACGGCGCUGCGAGGGCUGGAGCUGGGGCACACGCGCGUGUGGGACGAGGGGCUGGGCUCUGCGGCGCGGCUGCUGCCGGGACUGCGGUCUCUCAGCCUUGUGCGGGAGGAGGUGGGCGCGGGGGACGGGGGCGCGGCGGAUGGGGGCUUAGGCCGAUGGGGAUGGGAGGCUAGCGGGGAUGGCCAGAUGGGGCCGGGGUAUGUCUGGCUGGUGUGGUGAGGGUGGAAAGCAAGGGCAUGCGCACAUGUGCAGGUUCGCGGCACCUACAAGUGAUAUCGCGUG